UGCCUGUCAGUAAAUGGAAGCAAAAUGGAAAUUAAUAUUGUGCGGAGCACCAAUUAAGAAAUGAAAUAGUUGUACGCAAGUACUGACUGGGGAGAGCGUGUAGCCUAAUCAAUGCACUGUGACGACACUGUUUUGAUACUGUACAUGAACAGAGACACGGGGACAGCAGAGGGGUGAGCGAGAAGGACGCAGUGUGGGCGGGUAGAGAUACGGAGAGGGAGGUGGCAUCGAUACCUCAGCAUCGUCGUUUUCACACGACGUCUGCUGAAAACGGGGACGGCAAACUGACAGUGCUCACUGAAUACGCAUUCCAGUUUGAAAUCUAAACGUAGACACUGCUUAAUAUCAACAUCACUCCAUUCACCUGUCAUUUGAACUCGAUCAAGCGGAGAAGGAGAGGGGAGGCAGACGAGAGAUGGAAAGGGUCAGUGUCCUCUCCCUUCUCCUACUGUGUUUGACUUGGGGUGUCUACAGCAACAAAGCCAAUAAGCAUAAGCCAUGGAUCGAGACGGAGUACCAGGGGAUCGUGAUGGAGAACGACAACACUGUGCUUCUGAAUCCCCCGCUCUUCGCCCUGGACAAAGAUGCCCCUCUACACUACGCAGGAGAGAUUUGUGGGUUCAGGGUGCACAGUGGCACCUCAGGUGGGGCUCAGUUUGAGGCUGUGGUCCUGGAUCGGUCGACGGGGGAGGGCCUGGUCCGUGCCAAAGAGCCUUUGGACUGUGAGAGCCAACGGGAGCACAGCUUCACCAUCCAGGCAUACGACUGCGGGGAAGGUCCUGAUGGGGUCAACAGCAAGAAAUCACACAAGGCCACUGUUCACGUGCGUGUCAAUGAUGUAAACGAGUUCUCCCCCGUGUUUGUGGAGCGGCGGUACGAGGCGUCCGUGCCGGAGGGGCGUCUGUUCGACCGCAUCGUUAGGGUGGAGGCGCUGGAUGCAGACUGCUCCCCACAGUACAGCCAGAUCUGCUUCUAUGACAUCAUCACUCCCAAUGUGCCCUUUGCGAUUGACAAUGACGGCAACAUUAAGAACACCGAGCCUCUGGACUCCAAGCGACAGCGCCUUCACAGCUUCUGGGUGACCGCGUUCGACUGCGGCAAGAACCGCGCCCAGGCGGACGCCCAGGUCAUCGUGACCGUCAAGCCCUCCUGCAGGCCUGGCUGGAUGGGAUGGUCGAAGCGGGUGGAGUACACCCCUGGGUCCGGCAGCAUUCCCCUGUUCCCCAGCCUGCACUUGGAGACCUGCGAAGAGACUGUUUGGAACAUCCAGGCCACCGUAGAGCUGCAGACUGGCCAUAUUGGGAAGGGGUGCGACAGAGACAGCUACUCUGACAGAUCGGUGCGCAGGCUGUGUGGUGCAGUGAGGGGGGAGGUAGACCUGCUCCCACCCCCUUCCCCGGCAGCCAAUUGGACAGCAAGCCUCCCCACUCUCCCUUCCCCCGAUUCGUCGCUUGUGUUCUCCUUCAAUGGUUCGACGCACGUUGCCGUGGUUCCCGAUUCAGUGGCUGCUGCAGUGCCCGGAGACCACUUCACCCUCCAAUUAUGGAUGCGAAGGGGAGGGGCUAACACUCAACCCCCAGCUAAUCAGGCCAGAGGGACACGCAGGGAGGAAGAGACCAUUGUGUGCAGCACUGCCAGGAAUGAUGACUCCUUCUCACACUUUUCUCUGUCUGUGCAUGGGUGUCGGCUGUCCCUGUUCUACUGGCCGGAUGUCGCUGCCGCUCGCCCUGUUAAGUUCCUGUGGAAGCUGGAGCAGGUGUGUGACGGUGAGUGGCACCACCUUUCCCUCAGUGUCCAGUACCCCUCUGUCACUUUGUACGUCGACGGCGUGACCUUUGACCCUGCACUUAUCCAUGACAACGGAGCCAUUCCCAGUCCCGCCCCACGUCAGCGAUUGGUCAUUGGCGCAUGCUGGGAACCCGAGCAGAAGCAGAAAGACAUCGUGAACAACAGCAUCCCCGAGGGCCGGGACACAGGGAGGUACGCGGGGGGUUACCGAGGCCUGCUCUCCGGGGUGACGGUGCGUUCCGGAAGCGUGGAGCCCCACAGCGUGGUGGAGUGCCUGUACGCCUGCAGGGAGGGGCUGGACUUCGGCGACCUGGAGACUCUGGGCUCAGGAAUGAAGGUGCAUGUGAACCCCAGUCAGUCUGUGCUGGUCCUGGAAGGGGACGACAUCGAAAGCUUCAACCGCGCGGUACAGCAGGUCACGUACAGAAACUCCCUUCGCUUCGCCACGCCGGGGGUUCGGCCCCUCAAACUCACCACCUCCCUCAGGUGUUUCAGUGAGGAGGGCUGUCUGUCCCUCAGGCAGCUGGAGGGCUACCUGGUGGUCCUCCAGCCCGACGCCCCGCUCAUCUCCCUCUCCGGGGUGGGGCCCCACCUGGCACGGCCGGCUCCCGAAUUUGAAGGGCCCCGCGGGGUGGCCCUGUUCCCAGAGCUGAGGAUCGUGUGCUCGCUCUCCCACGCCGUCAACACCGCCGUGCAAGGCAUGGAGGGAGGGGCGCUCAUGUCAGAUGCAGUGGCUCAUACACUGGACAGCUGUGAAGUCCAGCCCUUGGGGGAGGAGUUAAACCCAGAGUGGGAGGAGCUUCUUGUGGACACGGAAUCAUUACGAGAGAAGGGACUGGACAUCAUCAACACAACAGCUUAUUUAACUAUUACAGGAGCUGAGUCUAUCUCAGUGUACGAGGACGUUCUCCGGUCCGUUCGCUACCGGCUGGCCAAAGGCUCCGCCCGCUUCGAGAGACGAUUCCGUCUGUCCUGCUCAGAGAUGAACGGACGGUACACCAGCAAUGAGCUCACGUUAGAGGUGAAUUUCCUGCACUCUCUAGACAGUCUGUAUCACCCCUCACACCUCCUGGCCUCACAACAGCAAUUCCUGCACCCUUCUCAUCACUCAGGAGAGCUCAGUGGACACACCCUACCCAACCCACAUCGCAACUCUGUGGUACCAGGAGCAGCCACAGUGAUCAUUAUGGUUUGCGUGGGGUUCUUGGUUGUCAUGGUGAUCCUGGGCGUGUUCCGAAUUCGCUCCAUCCAUCGCCGCGGUGAUGGGGACAGGGGCGGUUCAAAGGAUGGUAGCAGCCAAUGGGAUGACUCUGCACUCACCAUCAUUGUCAACCCAAUGGAGACCUAUGAGUCUCGCAUGGGGACAUCGGGAGACACAGAGGGAGAAGGCGAGGAGGACGAAGAAGUGGUGGACUCACCUGGUGAUGCCAGCGAUGAUCAGCGAAUCAUCAUCAAGAAAGAAGGGAGGGAUGGCCCUCCCAGGCGUUACUGAGCCAAUUAGCGCACAGCUUCUUCACUGACUGCACAGCACUACGAACACCUGGCUCUGCGCAUUUUUAAAUCACCACACACCUAUCUGUAGAAUGUAAGCUCACAAACACCGUGCACAAUAUAUACUGCACUACUCAGUAGCACUCCGGUGCAUUCAGCCUCCACCCACACAUUAUUACUGCACAACUAUUGACCACCUAAUCGUAACGCAGACCUCUUGACUGAAAAAGGGCCAAAUAUGUAUUUGCUACUCUGUGCUUUACCAUGCCGUUAGCCUCAAUGCGAAAUCACCAAGACGAGGUUUCUGGAGAAAAUAGAUCCGGCACAACAGUAAAAAAGCAAAUACUCCACAACAUGAAAGGUAUUUCACAAUGCAUUCCAUAACAAACCACCUCAACAAAAAAAACAUGUAUCUAUAAAUAAAUGCAUCACAUUUACACCAUAAACACACCCUAGAUAUACUCAGAGACCAAUUAAAUUGUGCAUAGUCUUGCAGGUAAAUAAAAGAAAAGAGGAAAAAAAAGCUAGAUCAUUACCUGCUUUGUAAACACGAUUCUUGACUAGAGGGUUCUCUUUGCUGCACAAUCUAUAUUUAACAUUCCUUUACUCCCACAACACAAUACUCCACUAAAUAAAGACAGAGGGCAAAACAAUGCUAAUUUGCCUGUCGAUGAUUGACAUCACCGUUGCUACAGAAAGCGGGCACUCCAGAGCCUCUCAGUGCACAGCUGAUUCACAUUCACCACAAAGCCUGUCUGCUAUACAGCGGCUCACAACACAAUACCACAUCUGCUAUAUUUAGAAUGUCAGCUCAGCUUGGGCCGUCUUGAUUGUACUGAAAUUUCUGUAAAUACGAAACACAUUAUUAUUAUUAUUAUUAUUAUUAUUAUUAUUAUUAUGGGAAGUUGUAUUUUUUCUGCUGUGCUAAAACAAACCGAGGAGUUCUAUUACAAUAAAUUGUGAAGAUAUAUAUAUUUUUUACACUCUAAUCUACUUUAAUGGUCACAGAAACAACUGUAGUGAUGGUGAUGAUAAUAAUGGUAAUAAUCAUGGUAAUUAUUAUAAUAAGAAACUAGCUUGUUGCGUGUAAUUUAAUUUGUGUGUUUAACUCUGUAAUUAAAUUGUUCAUAUUUUGAUCACAGUGAACUGAGAGACACAAUGUUGUGAUGAUUUGUUCUCCUCUCUCUCUCUCGCUCUCUGUCUCUCUCUCUCUUUAGCAUGAAAAUGCUCUUCUGUCUCUUGCCGUUUCUUUCUUUCCCUUCUUUAUCUGUUCAAAAGUACCAUUUCACCCCCAUUUUCUGUCCCCUCUCUCUUUUGUUCUUUGUACAUCCCUCCAUUUUUCCACUGUCUCAUCCUCUAGCUCUCUGUCUGUGUCAGUGUACAGUGAUAAUCUGUCAGUAAAUAAAGCCUGUUGUUUUCCAGUGUAA